AUGGACACAUCUUCUCAACAACAAGGUGCUGGAGGAGCAGAUGGCUACGCCAACACAACAGCAGACAGUCAGCAGCAACAGGAAGAUUGCAGCAUUCUAUCGCCAACACUAGCGGAUAUAUUGAGCGACGAUCGCAUCCUGAGAUUCUAUCAAUGUGUCAAGGACAUCAAGACGCAAGGCUCUCCCAAGCAGACGGGCAGCAUGUUCUUUGCGCUCUGCCAUGCUCUCGGUGACACUGUGUCCUUUCUCAAAGUGCCAAACAUGUCCAAAAUCAUGUUUAGACAAGAGCAGCAAAUAUUUGCUGUCAAUGUAGCUGGUACGCAGCACGAUACCGUCAUCUUUCAGCAACAGCAUCAGUCCCAAGAUCAAUUACAACAAUCACAGCUUCAGCAUCAUCAACCACCUCAUCCACAACAACAGCAGCAAGAUGGCUCUUCUCUUGAGCCAAUGAAGAUGGCCGGUACCGCUGCCGGUAUCAUGCACGAUGUGGACAGCACCCAUUCCUCAAAUCUCUUCUCGGCUGCUGCUGCCGAUGGCUCGCCUCAACAUUUGCUCCAAGCGGCUCUGGCCUCGGUCACUGCUCCCCACGUAGAGCCUCGUCCUGCUCCUGCAGCCACCUCAAAGAGAAAGAACAAUGCUGAGAACAAGGAUGGUACAAAGAGAGCCAAGAAGGCCUCUCCUAGAGACAAGGAAUACGCCGUGAGACGCAACGAGGUGAUCCAGGACUUGCUCAAGGUUUCAGAAGCUGAUUUGAUGCACCAAGCAAAUAUUGUGGAAGGCGAGGUCAAACUGAUCAUUCAAGGCCACGAACGUUCAACCAAGUUUGGCAUGCUCCCUCCUAUUCAUCGCUUCUCAGCAUUCGCCAACUUGCUUGCCCAUUACGACUGUGAUUUCGCUCCUAAAAACGCUGGUGUUUACUACAACUACGAGUACUUUCAACUGUACCUGGCUUAUCGUGAUUUGGAGGCAGAAAGACAGCAACAGCAGCAAAUGGAGGGUGGCGAUCCCAGACCCAUUUUGGUCCAAUGCCGUAGUGAAAUCGAAAAGGUACUUGUGAAUACCAAUUGGGAAGCUAUCCGUCGUCGUCUGACCAUUGGCGAACGUAUCUGUCAAGUUUGUGGUGUCGUGGGUCGCGGUUUCUUGCUGUUGAGUAAGCAGGUAUCCGGCCGUAAAUUGCUGCAUAACUUCAAUACGGGUGAAUGGGGCGAAUUCAUGCGCGAAUUCCAAAAGCCUGAAAACCAGACAUUAUUACAGACAUUGCAAAACAAGUAUUCUCCAGAAAGAUUCUACGGUCCUCGUCAAGAAUUCGUUGCUGCUGAUGACACGAAUGAGAUGAUUGAAAGAAUGAUGAUCAAGCCUCCUUUGCAAAGUGCCGCCGCCUCCACAUCAGCUGCUGCAAUGCCAACAAUGGAUUCGGUUGUUGCAAGCUCAAGCAACGCUGCGACUUCCCCUGUGCCCACAGCCAUGCCUUCGGAAUCACCAUUAGUGGAUGCUGCUCUUUUAUCAGCGAAAUUAGAACAAGUCGAUCGUAGUGAAUCGCCUGACAAUGCUACUGUCGCUGCAUCCAUUGCUGCUGUGGUGGGCACACCUGUCACUGAAAAUGCAUCUGCAGUGGCAACCCCAAGCUCUACUGCUGCAGCAGAGUAA